CACGCCUUCAAAGGUUCAUGAUGUUUUCGGCGUGCCUAUGGGGAAAAUUACCGUCUCUGAAAAGCGAAGGUUGUCAAAAAAAGAUGCUAUUAGAGAAGAAUGGAGGAAACAGUUCAUUCAUGAGAAAAUAAGUUUCGAACACGUGAUUGAAAAGCUUAAAUCGUAUAGAAAAGGUGGAACGCUUUUCAAGCUUAACUUCCUUGUUGUCUUUAACUCGAUCGUUGGUGAAUGUACCAAGAAUUUAACUGUUAAUCAUAAAUUUCUCGCAUCGAUUAUGAAUGAAGGCGACAUACCUAACAUGGAUUGGUGUAGUUACGUCAUAACGUGCCUGAAGAGAACGAAAGAGGAAUGGAAUGGUACGGAGCCCUAUAAUGGCCCUUUGACUUUUCUUGCGGUUUUAUACGCACACGAGCAACAACUGAAAUGUAGCCCUGAAAAAGCAAUAACACCGGCUAUAAAAUAUGUUACCACGGAUUAUUUAGUUGAUCUCGAGAGUUCCAUGUGUGACAAUGGACCGUGUUUGAAUGAUGACGUUGAAGAGGACAAUCAGUCAACUCAAUAUGUUGAAGUUCAAGUUGAAAUGGUAACUCAAAUUGAAUUUGAUAAAGGUCAAACCGGUGAAGUUCAAGCUGAUAUUGACCAAAAUGUGAACAUGCCCAUUGGCCCAUCGGGUGCUCAGUCACUGUCUGGAUUAUCAGCUAACCUUAGCCAUUGUAACCGAUCUGAACCGCCUAAAGAUGUGAUAUUACUUGAUGACGACGAUGAUGAUGAUGUAGUUAUCUUAGACCCCAAGCAGGAACAAUGUGAGCUGGUGGGAAAGUUCUCAUCUCGUCGAAGUGACAUAGUUUGUGUCCAAGGCUACACAGUGAAGCGUGAUGUUGCAAAAAUUCUUGAAGCCAUUUUCGAGAAACACGGUGACAUUGCAGACAAAUGUGUAAUCAAAACAAAGUCUUUGAGAUCACCAAUCCUCGAGGCUGUGUGUGAAGUUGCCAAGUGGAUUCAAGUCAAUGAUGUUCUUGACAAACUUGAAGAUAUAGAGAAUCGGCUGUCGGAUAUAAAGGCAGUCAACAUUGAUGUCUCAUGGCUUCAAACUCGCCUAGACGCCAUCCGUAAAAGAAAGGAGGUCAGUGAAGAGUACAAUUUGCUUAUGGAAAUGAAAGCAAACACCCUUUCGGCUAAAAAGGCUGCCCAAAUCUGUUUGAGAAAGAGACGUGCAGAGCUCGCGGAUGCACAAGAACAAUCUAAAAGGGCUAAAAGGUGUGUGGAUGUGUUGCAUCUUGUUGGAGAGAAUCUAAUCGACCACUUCUUCGAAACUAAAGUCAAAAUGAACUCAUGGGUAAAGGACGUGGUUGUGUUGGCUAAAUAGAUCAUGUUAUGGUGUGUAAUAUUAGAAGAUUGUCUAGCUAGGCUAAAUGUGUGUCUUAAAACAGGUUAUUGACCAAGAGGUUGCAACUUUAAACCUUGAUAGACUAUGUUUUGAACCUUAUUAGGAAUAUUAUAUGUUAUGC